UUAAUUAACACCAGGAAAAGUUAAUACAGUAACUGGUGGUCAUUGUGGCUGUGAGAAAGGGGGACUCAGUUUUUCCAUCUCCAAGAUGGGUGCGGUUGCCUGAGCUGGCCACUAAGACUCUGUGUGCCAGAUGUGCGGGCCAGUGCAGCUGUGGGAUAGGCGGGCCUGGCUCUCGGAAGAGCUUCCUGGGGUCGGCCGGGGGCGGCUGGGAUCGGGUCCCGGCCGCUGCCUGGCUUUCGUUCUCCCUUUUCGAGUAAUACCUGGGCCGGCGUGUUCACCUGCCCGGGGCCGGCCGCCGGAAGUUGCGCAAACGUGUGUUACCUGAGCCCAGGUGGGCCGGGCCGGAGCAGCGCAGAGCGGCGGCAAGGGAGCGGCCAGCCGUUGCGGUGUCCAGCUGCCAGCUUUCCGCCUGGAUCUCUGUCUUCUCAUUUCUCCAGUCUCCUCAGACAGAAGACCUCGGGGUAUGUAACAGCCAUGCCUGUGGACACGCUGACUCCGGGAGCCCGAGACACCCCCGCCCUACCUUUCCGCCUACAGACCAAGGUCCCCGGCUACCUGCUGCAGCGGCCAGCAGACUGUGGAGCCCGGAAACCUAGUGCUGUAGAGCGCCUGGAGGCUGACAAGGCCAAGUACGUCAAGAGCCUGCAUGUGGCCAAUACCCGCCAGGAACCUGUGCAGCCCCUGCUGUGCAAACAGCCACUCUUUAGCCCUGGAACUCGCCGCACGGUGCUCACGCCUAGCCGCCGAGUCCUGCCUGGCCCUGGCCGCCGGCCCCAGCUGGACCUGGACAUCCUGAGCAGCCUCAUCAACUUGUGUGAUAGUCCUGUGUCCCCUGCUGAGGCCAGCCGUACCCCCGGACGGUCAGAGGGGGCCCGCCAGCCUCCCCCAGCCACCCCCCCACGCCCACCACCCAGUAUUGCUGCAGUCCGCCGAGUGGAUGUCCUUCCCCUGCCGGCGUCACCUGCCCAGCCCUGCCCAUCACCAGGCACUGCCGCCACCUCUAGCCCAGCCCGGCCCCCAGGUUUGCAACGCUCCAAGUCAGACCUGAGUGAGCGCUUCUCCCGGGCAGCAGCUGACCUGGAGCGAUUUUUUAACUUCUGCGGCCUGGACCAGGAGGAGGCACGGGGAUUGGGUGUGGCCCACCUAGCCCGGGCCAACUCAGACAUCGUGUCCCUGGCUGGGCCCAGUGCUGGGCCGGCUAGCUCCGAGGGGGGCUGCUCCCGCCGCAGCUCUGCCACCAUCGAGGAGCUGGCUCGGGAGCGCGUCCCCUAUGGCGUGUCAGUGAUAGAGCGCAAUGCCCGGGUGAUCAAAUGGCUGUAUGGGUUGCGACAAGCGCGGGAGACUCCAGCAGCUGAGGGCUAGGCCUCCAUGGGACUGACUCGACAUUCGCCACGGGACAGAUCUUAGAGAGGCCAUAGGCCCCUUGACCUCUCCUGCAUCCAUUCCCUGGCUUGGGGCAGACCAGAGGCUGCUGCCUCGUGUGAACUUGCUAUAGAGGCAAAGGCUCAGAGGCUGGACCAGCAUCCAUCUGACAAGGACUGACCCGGAGCGAGUUGGCUCUUGACCUUGGACUACCGCCUACGCCUCACAUGUAGGGUUUUGACAUGGAUGUACCCCUGCUUGUAGGUUUGGAUUUGGGGCACUUAGCCCUUCCCACUGAGAGUGAGGGACCAAGGGAUCUCACCAGAGCUGUCUACCCAGCAGCUCUGUUUCUUUCUUCCUUCCUUGGCCUCUGUCCUUUACUGACUUCCUCUUCCUUACCCAGUGGGCCUUGGUUCCCUGGGAACUCACCGUGGGGUGGGGGUAGGAAGGAGUGGCCUAUCCACAUUCUUCAAGGGGCUUGCCAGCCUCGACCUAGGUGGGUAGACUACAGAAAGGACUGGUAGGAGUCUGCACUGCUCUGAUUUCCCUCCUCUUGGUUAAUAAACACAAAUGCUUGUUUUUCAA